ACACCUGAUAAAAGCGCGCGUGCCAUGACUGAUAUUCCUCUCUUGAUGUCUCGGAAUGUGUCUAACAGCGACCGAAGAGGCAGGCUGGGGGAAAACGAAGAGGGGGAGGAGAAGGAGUCAAAGGAACAGCGUGAAAUUGCAUAAAACAUGCCAUAGAGCGCUGAGCGCACUUCCACACUGAUCUCUCUCCGCACGGAGUGGAUGUUCACAGGCGCUUGUGAAGGGACGAGCUCAAAGUGCAUUCCAUGGACCAGUGUCGAAGUGUCUUCUUAAAAUGUUGGAUGUAUACAUGGGUAUUAUUUUAGUUUAAGGACAGAAUUUUCUAGAAACCUUCUGCUGGAAGCUGCAAAAGAGGAACUUUCAACAGACUCUGCUCAGACUUCAGAGAAUUUUUUAUCUAAAAUGCACUUAUUUGGAAUUUCUGUCUUCUGUCUCGCAUUGUUUUAUGCAAACCUUGCUUUGGAGUCAAGUCACGACUACUAUGAUUAUGACCAAGAUCAAGGAGAUGCCAUGGAGCAUUCAGAGCCAGACCUGGUGGAGCAGUUACGUUCAGCGGGUAGCGUGGAUGAACUUAUGAGGAUAGUUUACCCCAGCUACUGGAGCAUGCUGAAGUGUCGUUCCAAGGCUGGAUCGCGCUUACCUCACAGAGAAUACAGCUCCACAGAAACAAGGUCGGAGGAGGCCUCCUUUGCGGCUGCUUUCAUCAAUCUUGAAAUUAUUAAAAGUAUUGAGACAGAGUGGAGAAAGACCCUGUGCAUGCCACGCCAAGUUUGUUUAGAUGUGGGGAAAGAGUUUGGGGCAGCUACAAACACCUUCUAUAAACCACCCUGCGUGUCUGUCUACAGAUGUGGGGGCUGCUGUAACAGUGAGGAGCAUCAGUGCGUGAACAUCAGCACUUCAUACAUCAGCAAGACGUUGUUUGAAAUCACAGUUCCCAUCAAGCAAGGGACCAAGCCAGUCACCAUAAGCUUCGCCAACCACACCUCCUGCAGUUGUUUGUCAAAACUGGAUGUGUACCGACAGCGGCACUCAAUCAUACGAAGGGCCCUAGCAGAAUGUCAUGUGGCAAAUAAAACAUGCCCAAAAAAUCACAGCUGGAGUAAUCGCUUAUGCAGAUGUGAGCCGGUGCCCGACACCCUUCUUUCAAAACCGCAUUCUGACAUUGAGCAGGACUUUUGUGGCCCGGACAAAGAGCUGGAUGAGGAGACCUGUCUGUGUGUAUGCCGAAAAGAGCUGAGAACGGCAGACUGUGGACCACUGCACUACCUGGACAAGAACACCUGUCAGUGUGCGUGUAAAGCGCAGCCCGCCUCCUGCGGGUCUCAUCAGAGCUUCAACAAGGACACCUGCCAGUGUACCUGCGCCAAGGUGUGUCCUAGGAGUCAUCCUCUCAACCGCACCAAAUGUGUGUGUGAAUGCACAGAGUCUCCUAACAAGUGCUUCUUAAAAGGGAGUCGGUUCCACCCAGCCACAUGCAGUUGUGUCUGGCCGCCAUGUAACCUGGACCCCAGGAAAAGGAGAUGUAAAGAUAAUGAGUAUUUCAGUGAGAAACUGUGUUACUGUAUACCCACAUACUUGGGGAGACUGAACUAAAUACAACCAACAGUGCAGGUAGCGCUGAAUGCUUACGGACACGCUGGCAUUUGGAGCAGUGCUAAUGUUCGGCUGCUGCUUAUCUGACUCACAUGUGCUAGUCAUGUGGACUAGUGUGGAGUAAGUGGGAGACAAGAAAUGUCCACAUUUAACCCCACAUAUCAAGCAUGGGGUGAGCUAUUAAGGACUGAGAGAAAUUUUCUAAGGCUGGAGCCAUGUUUUUUCAUUGUUUUAAUUGAAUUGUUUUUUUGUUUUUGUUUUGUCAGAUAAUGAUUAUAUAAUUUAUUGCCAUGAAAUGUUUUGAAUCUCCCUUGUUCAUAGCAUUCAUUUCGAAUCUCUGCAAAGACAAAAAACCACUGUGAUCAAUAUUUUUGUAUCAUGUUAAGUCCCGUAAAAUAAAGUAUAAAGUUGUAUUAUAUAUUGUUAAGUUAUUUAUAAGCUAGACUAUCUUAUUGAAAUAAUACUG